AUGGUUAUCGAUAGUGAACAUAAAACUUCAAUACAUGAAGAUAUUGAUCAUGAUAAUACAGCCGCACUUGAAAUUUUACGUUAUUCAGUAAAUGAAUUACAUCGAAAACAAACUGAUAUACAUCGACAUAUUGGUCAAUUAUCAGCUGUUAUGUCUGAUUUUGAAUAUCAUAUGGCUCGAAUACGUAAUAUAUGUGAAUCAUCAAAUAAGAAUAAUAAUAAUGAAUUAUGUCAAUCGUUAUUAUCACAUCUUGAUUCCGUAAUAUCUGAUACACGAUCAGCUUUAGUUUCAUCAACAACCAGUACAAAUGAUGCUCAACAAGUUCAUGAUCUUGUUCGUCGUCUUUAUGAUGAAAAUCAACAAAUAGCAAAUCAUAUUGAUAAUUUAUUAAAACAAGAUCAAGUAGAAAAUAAUGAAGAAUCAAUCAUAGAAGAAGAAGAUCAUAUACAAAAAGCAAUUGAAGAAAUUGAACUUGCUUUAAAACAAAAUAUUCAUGAACAAGAAAAUAUUAAUAAAGAACAAGAAUAUUUUGAUAAUAAUCAAAAAACAAUUACAACAUUUAUUCAAACAACUGAACAAUUACAUGAUGAAGCAUUAGAUAAAUUACGUGAACAAAUUAAAAUUUUACGUGAACAUAAUCAAUCAUUAAGACAAUAUAAUGACCAGAUUGAUAUACUUACAAAACAAUUGCCACAAAGUUUAUUUUUAUCAGCCCAAUAA